AUGACUUUUUGCAAACCAAUUAUUUAUUCAAGUCCACAUGGAUUACCAUUAAUCGAAUAUCAUGAAAAAUUCAAACAACCAAGUAAAGAGAAAAAGAAGGCUUAUGGUACUGAUAGUCUAAGAAAGAAAAUUUUCAAUUUUUUUACUAAGAACAUUCCUUCAGAAGAAAGGGAAAAAACUGUAACAAAAAAGGCAUUACUUGAGAACCCUGGUGGGAAAGAUUUUAUUUUAGACGAUCCUUUCAUUUUCAUCUUAUCUCAGGGUAAGAAGAUUAGUUCACUUUAUAGAAAUACUUUCACGAAGGAAUCAUGUAAAAGAUAUGAGGCUCCACUCUUGUGUGAUUCAAAUUAUGAGAAAAAAUUAGAUCAAUACCUCGAUCAAUAUAAGAAACCAAUUUUAUUAAUAUUUGGAUUAAAUUUUAAUAGCAAGGCAAUUUUUCUACCGACCUCAUUGGAUAAAAUGUCUGAAGAUAAUUUUAAAAUGACAAAUCAAAGUGGGACAAACAUAUCAGACAUGAUAAAUGCUGCAAUAACAUAUAGUGAAUUAGUACAAUUCCAAGGUAGUGAAAGAGAUUAUAGGUUUGAAAUUAUAAGAAGUUUAGGGGUCCAGUCUAAUCAAUUUGAAUUCUUACCGCCAUCAGAAUAUUCAAAUUUCCCCUUGCCUAUUAUUUUCCUACAAUGUCAUUUGAGACAUGCAAUAAUUUAUCGUGAUUUCUUAAUUGUUUGUAGAAAUAAAGUUAUGAGAGAACAUAGGGAACCGAGUUUCGAAAAUAUUUUGAAAAUUUUCAAUGAUCCACCUUAUGAAAUUACCAUGGAAUUAUCUCCCAAUGAGGGUAUUGAACCUAAAUUUUACGAGUGGGAACGUGAAAGGGAUAUUACUUGGGCAGAAAGACAUUGUUAUCAACAAUAUUUUUUGCUAAGAGCAAAACUAAUGAGCUAUGAUAGGGUCUGUUUCCCAGAUAGAAUUGAACCAAGGGAGGAAGGUUUGGAAGAGAUACAAAAGGAAGAUGAUUCAUUUUAUGUACAAAAAAAAGGAGGAGAGCAUCCAAUAAUGGAUGUCUAUGGGAAAUAUGUACCAAACAAUUUAGAAAAUCAAGCAACUAUGAAUUACCAUAAAAAAGGUUACAAGCUGUGA